AGGUGGAGCAGAAACGAAACAAGUUCCCAUGCAAGGUAAAUCCAGCCACCGCCGCUUAGAGUCAGGGGGUUUUCCCGAUCGAGUGUCUGAUCGCCCAAGCCGAACCGCAUGAUCGGGACCUCCAUAAUAAUAAAUAAUUUUCGCGUAGCAACGAACAGUUACACAUGGAGUCCCUGUCGCCAUCCACGGCGAGAUCGAUGCGGUCCCGGCGUACCAGGUUCGUUUGCAUAGCGGACACACAUAACCGUCCCGUCAAGUUGCCAAAGGGUGAUGUCCUCAUCCAUGCAGGUGACUUGACGAACCAGGGCAGCUAUUCAGAGCUGGCCAAAGCCGUGUACUGGCUUGAGAAUACCGACUUUGAGGCCAAGAUUGUCAUUGCAGGUAAUCAUGAUAUUACCCUUGACCGUGACUUCUACGCCAGGCGGGGGUCAUCGCUUCACAGCCAGAGCAUCCAGGACCCUGAGGAGUGCAUCUCUCUUCUCACCUCUAGUCCGACGGUAACCUACCUUUGCCACAGCCAGGCGACCAUUCGCCUGACAAAACCGGACGGACCACGGACAACCUUUACGGUAUUUGGCUCCCCGUACAGCCCCCGGGUUGGUCGCUGGGCCUUCGAUUAUGCCCGAUCAGACCUAGCUUCUGGAUCUUCGUCCCCCGGACCUCAUCCCCUGGCCCCUGAUACCGAGCACCCCGCAGUUGGCAUCCAGUCACAGCCCCUUCCCGGACCUACGGCCGCAGAGCUAUGGUCUUCCAUCCCUCUAGCCACCGACAUCCUCGUUACCCACACCCCUCCACACCUGCACUGUGACCGGUCCACCACCCAUGAUCUGAAUCUUGGAUGCGAAGAUCUGCGCCGUGCCCUCUGGCACAUCCGGCCACGCCUCCACGUGUGCGGUCAUGUCCACGAGGCGCGGGGAGCCGAGCGGGUGCGGUGGGACAUCCGGGGCGAGGGGCGGGAGCCAUAUACCGAGGUUGGGGCGGAGCCAUGGGUGGACCCCUGCCCCGAUGGCGGGAAGAUCAGCCUGGUCGACCUCACGGGAAGAGGCGGGAGGGCGCCGCUGGACAACGACGGCUCGCACCCCGCGACGGCUCCACAACUCGGACCCGGUUCCCAAACAGGAGAUCCCACCCAGCGAGGCCUCGGCAGCUUCGGGGAGAGCAGCGCCAGCGGCAGGCCCGCCAACUGCGGCGACGCGGACCCCGAAGGCGGGGCGCUUCUCACCGGGCAAGCCGGGGACCCCGAGAGCAUGGCUCGGUGCGACCGGGCGUCGCUGCUUGGCCGGACGGGGCGCCGGGAGACGUGCGUGGUCAACUGCGCCAUCGCGGCGACCAGCUGGCCGCACGCGGGCGGCAGGCGCUUUCACAAGCCCGUUGUCGUCGAUCUGGACCUGCCUGUCUGCGAGGGCCAGGAUUGAGCGCGGCACCUGACUUGGGUGCCUGGUCCCAUCGCCCGCCAGGUGUCUUUGGUUGUGCGCGUGCUCGACCGAGCCGGGGAGCUAGGUAGGUAAAGCUACGUGGUUGCCUUUUGGGGAGGUUUCACAUGCCAGAGAGUGUGUCUGUCUACCCUGAU